UGCUAGUGCUCAGAAAACAAGUUACUUUGGGAAAAGAUUUUAAAGUGAGGAGUUACCGAGCUGCUAUGAAUUUGCUAACACAAUGACUUUAAAACAAGCUCUUUCUCUAUUUCAAGCGGAAUGAACACUCUGCAUUGAUGUUAAAAUGAGAACGAUCCUUUUAAACGGACUACUCUUGAUCUUUGUCGGAAUCGCACAGGGGGCUUCGUUCUUUGGUGAUGGAUUUGUGCAGUUAAAAGGGACAGAGACGUCUAGCCGUAACACACUGCACGUUCGUUUCCGCACCUCCAGCCUGAAUGGCCUGCUUUUCCUGGCUGCAGGGCAGAAUGAUUUCCUGUUGCUGGAGAUGAACGCUGGCAGACUGCAGGUAAGGAUGGAUCUGGGCUCUGGAGAGCAGGUCCUUCUCUCAGACAGUGGAACCCAGCUAAAUGAUCUGGCCUGGCACACUGCAGAGCUUCUCCAUGAGUUAUAUAAUGUCACACUGACUGUGGACAACCACUCCAAGACCAGUCUGCGAAUGCCAGGCCCAGAGCGAGAGCUGCACAUCAACGAUGGCCUUUAUGUGGGUGGUACUGGAGGUUUGGAUCAGGCUUAUCUUUCCAGAGAUCUCAAUGGCUUCCGUGGCUGCCUCGAUGAAGUAAUAUUUAAUCAGCACAAUCUCCUUUCAUCACUGAGGCCCUACUCUGGGUACAAGAAUGUCUAUGAGGUUUCCCUAGGAUGCAGCCCUCAGUUCUUUGCCAAUGAAGAUGACCCAAUCAGUUUUUUCAGCUCACAGGCUUACAUAUCCCUUCCACCUUGGACAGCACAACAUGAGUGGGCUUUUGAAUGCUCAAUACACACGUCAGCUGAAGAAGGGAUCGUCAUGUACAGCUCAGCUCGACAAGGAGAUUUUGUCGCCCUGGAGAUCCAGAAAGGUCACCUUGUUGCCGUGGUUGGUAAAGAUGGAAGUAAAACAGAACUACGUUCCCUCACCUUCACUAGUGACAAUAAAUGGCAUGUCAUUAAGCUCUUUUUCACUCCAAAAAGUCUCCAACUCACAGUAGAUGGAGAGACUGUAAAGUCCACAAUUAGCUCCAGAUCAAAAUCCUUUUAUCCGAAAGGUUUCCUUUUCCUUGGUGGAAUCGAUGACGGCACACGUUCUGAGGUCAGAAAGGUCGGUCUUUCCUCUGUAGCAGGGAAGCGUAUUAAAGGUGGCUCCUUCAAAGGAUGCUUCAGAGACAUUAAAAUAAACUAUGCCAAAAUGGGUCUUCCCAAUGCUGUGGUAACCAAAGACAUCUCUGUUGGCUGUGAUCCUGAAAAGGAGCUGGAAAUAAGCACCACAGUGGGCCCAACAACCCUUCCUAUGACCCUCGUUGACUCUGUCACUCAGCUGCCCACAGAUGUGUCCACCCUAGCCAAAGGUCUUGUCAAAAACUAUGGACACAAUUUUCUACAGCUUAGGAACCUUGUUGUCCCGGAAGGGGGUCGAGGAGCCUUGGAUUCUAAGCAUAUUAAAGUGAACCUCGAUUUCAAGAAGCUUGGCAUUCGUCAGUCUCAGAUCAUAUUUAGGAUUGAAGAGCAGCCGGUGCAUGGUCAACUUAGGCUUGAUGUAGACCAGGAGCAGGCUGAGCAAACAUUCAGCAUGCUGGAUUUGUGGCACGGCAGGGUGAUGUACAUCCAUGGGGGAUCUGAAGACCCACAGGACUACUUCAUGUUCUCUGUAUUCUCCAGUAGCAGAAAGGAAGUGCCAAGCUAUCUGAAAGGACACAAGCUGUACCGGUAUAAUGUCACCGUCACGCCAACCAAUGACGCUCCGGAGUUGAGUCUACCUGAGGGGAAUCUGUUUGUUCUUCUGGAGAACUCCAAGAAGAGGCUGACCACUGAUGUUCUGAAAGCCAUAGACAUUGACAGCAAUUACACAGACCUUGUUUAUUCUGUGUUAGGGAACCUUAAUUCUGAUGCAGGGUAUUUGGAGAAUGAAGACAAUGCAGGUACACCAGUAACUUCUUUCUCCCAUUCAGCUCUUGUAGAGGGAAAGAUAUAUUACAUCCACACGGGUGUGAGGAACUCUAGGAUUGUUUUAAGAGUCAGUGAUGGAGAGAAGGUGAGUAACACAGUGGUGCUUAGAAUCAUGGCUGUGGAACUUGAGUAUAAAAUCUCCAAUAACACGGGUCUGGAAGUGACUCAAGGAGAGAUGUUUCUGUUAAGCACCAACCAACUGGCCGUCUGGACCAAUGCAUUGAAGCAGGUGGUUGAUAUUCGUUAUGAUGUAAUUGAGCCACCAAAAUUUGGUGAGCUCCAGAGGAUGCACUCAAGUGGAGAGUGGAAAGUCACCAGCUCGUUCUCUCAAAGAGUUCUUGAAAAGGAGCGUUUGAGGUACCUCAGCACCCACCAGUCCAUUCAAACAAGUAAUAGCACUGACCACUUCAAGUGUAAAGUAACUGUGGCCUCCAGAGCUACUGAAGAACUGGUGUUUCCCAUAAAGGUGAAGUGGAUAUACUACACAAUAGAGAACAAUGAACCUGUUGAGCUGGACAAAAUUACAAGAGCUGUAAUUGACCCUGAGCAUCUGUAUGUAACAGCACACGGUGUAAGCUUGUCUGAGGAUAAGCUUUGUUUUAGAUUGUUGACUUUACCAAAAAGAGGAAUAAUUGAAGUGGAUAAUGCCAAGUUAGAUGUGAAUUCCACAUUUUGUCAAAGGGACAUCACAGAUCUGAAAGUCGAAUACAAACUUGUGGAAAGAUCAUACGAGGACACCAGGGAUGAAUUUGUUUUUGAUGUAUUCUCAAAGCAUGCACAUUCUGCUAGUCACAUUUUUAAAAUCAAUAUUAAAGCAGAUGUCAACAGCAUUUUCUUGACAAACAAUGGGCUGUCACUUCUUGAAGGUGAAAGAAAACUCAUCACAAAGGAUGACUUGUUUGCUGAAACGCUUAGCACUACGGAGAUUUACUACACGAUCACAAAGAUGCCGCAACAUGGUAAGCUAAUGCGAAUCAACUUGUCCAACUCUACCAAAGCCUUUGACAAUAUAAUGUCCUUUACCAAUCAGGACGUUCUUGAGGAGCGAAUUAUGUACGUUCAUGAUGACAGUGAAACAGCUCUUGAUAGUAUUACCUUCACAGCCUCCACAGGCCCAGUAACAAAGCUUCCUAUAAGGGAUAAUGACAUUGGUUCCAAAGAAGGCAUCUUUAACAUCUCGAUACAGCUGAUUAAUGAUGAGAAACCCAUCCGCAUUGUAGACAAAGUAUUUAAUGUUGUCAGAAAUGGACAGAGAUUACUCACACUCGAUGACCUGCGCUACCAUGAUGCAGAUUCAGACUUUAGUGAUGGGCAGCUUGUCUACACCCGGCGUGGUAUCCCAAUGGGGGAUUUGGUUCUUGUGAAUGACACUUCACAUAAGCUGUACCAGUUUCGCCAAGAAGACUUGGAACAGAAACGAGUGCUGUUUAUUCACCAUGGGAUGAACUCUGGCCGUUUUGUCCUUUUUGUGUCAGAUGGCAAGCACUAUGUGUCCUCUCUGUUGGAUAUUAGCACACAGGAUGCUUAUUUAAAAACUGGCAACAACACAGGCCUGUUGGUUCAAAAAGGGCAAGCCAAGACACUUAGUAAUGCAAACUUUAGCGUGGAUACAAAUCUUGACAUCCGAAAUGACAAUGAAAUAAUAUUUAAAGUCCAAGAGCCUCCAAAACAUGGAAGCCUGUAUUUAAAAGACAGCAAGACAGAGUCAUUCACCCAGAACGACCUGAGAAAUGACUACUUGUCCUAUCAUCAUGAUAACAGUAAGAAUCUUGUUGAUGUUUUUACACUCCUGGUGGAAGCAAAGGACCUACGGCUUGAUGUUAAAAUCCAUGUGAAAGUGUACCUGGAAAGCCAUCAAAGGCCACCCAUCCUCCUUCAUAAUAAAACUUUGCUGGUGGAUGAGGGGAAACCAGUCAAGAUUGAAAGCAGUAAACUCAAGGUGACUCAUGAGGCUAGUUCAUCUUCAGAAAUAACUUUCACCAUCAAAGUUCCUCCAUCUCAUGGCUAUUUACGGCAGUUUAUUGAGAGUAAAUAUCAGUACCAAGGAACACUAGAGGAUCCAUUAGUGACCUUUUCCCAGCGAGAUGUUAAUGAUGGCAACAUUCAGUAUGUACAAGUGGCACCUGGCCAAGAAAGUGAUUCAUUCACCAUGGAGGCCAGCAACGGGGUCGCAGAGGUCAGUAACAUCAUCAUGUCUGUGGAUAUCAUCCCAUGCCUUAUACCCAUUGAGGUGUCCAAUGUCACUCUGAAGGAAGGGGCAUCUAAAGCUCUCACAGAUGACAUCAUCAGAGUAAAAAAUCCACAUUUCUCUGGCCUUAAUUUUGUGUACUACAUCUCAGAGGGUCCCCUGCAUGGCCGCAUUGAGAAUUCACGUUUCCCAGGGAUUUCCACAACUUACUUUACAAGGAAGCAGGUGGAGCAAGAAUUUAUUUAUUAUGUCCAUGACAACACAGAGACCUCGGAGGACCGCUUUACUGUCACAGCAAAUGACACAGACCUGCGAAAACACAGUGCACCAUGGACUGUGCAUGUCCAGAUCACAGCCGUCAAUGACGAGCCUCCAGUCAUUACAGCCAACAGGGUACUCAGGGUGUGGGUUGACUCUGUCACAGAAAUCACCAAUGAGGAUCUGAAUGCUGAAGAUGAGGACACGAUCCCUGAGCAGAUGGAGUACAUCAUUACCCAACCCAGCAAUGGUCAUCUGGCUCUGAAGACUGCCCCUAACAGGCCCAUUAUGAACUUCACUCAAGCUCACAUUGACCAGAGACAACUGCUUUUUGUACAUAGUGGCCCAAUGGCAGGAGGCUUUAACUUCCAAGUGAACGAUGGUGUUAACUUUGCUCCCAGACAGAUAUUCAGUAUUACAGCUCGUGCCCUGGUUCUUACUCUAGAGAAGGCUGGACCUCUUAAGGUGUUUCCAGGCUCCAUUUGCUUGAUUUUAAACAACAUUCUUCAGGCCGUAACAAAUGAUGAUUCUGGCAUCACAAAUCGGACCAUUUAUUUUACUGUGAUCAAUCCCCCGAAAUUUGGAAAACUGGUCAAAUUGCAGGCAGACAAGACCACAACAGAUAUUUCAUCAUUCACACAACAAAUGGUGGAUGCGAGUGAAGUAGCAUAUCAGCAAAGUCAUGGGACCUCUUUGGGAUGGGCAGCACUAGAUAAGUUCUCUUUUACUGUGUCAUCUCCUCCUGCUACGCUUGAAACCCAGACGUUUGACAUUGACAUUUCAUACGAAAAUGUUGGACCGGAACAAAGUUCUGUGCUUCUUAAAAAUAAAGGUGUGGAGGUAUCUGAAGGAGAUAAAGUGCUAAUUGACAAAUCAAUGCUGGACGCAUCCAAUCUUAUAACUAAACAACCUGAAUCUAAGCGCAGUUCUUAUGAGGUUUGGUACCAGGUCACAUCUCUCCCACAGCAUGGUGUCAUCGUCGUUGGGGAACGAAAUCUUACAAAAGAAAAGCCCAAUUUUUCUCAGUUCAUUCUGAAUAAGUACGGAAUCACAUACCAUCACGACAACUCCGAGACCACCCAUGACCAUUUUGACUUUGAUGUGUAUCUCAACCUAAAGAGCAAACCACCACCCCGCACCCUAGAUACAGAGGUCGUGUCAGAAACAUUCAACAUCACUAUAAUCCCCAGAAAUGAUCAACCACCUGUUCUACAGACCAAAACCCCCAGCCUCAAAGUUGUACAGGGGGACACCAUAGCUAUCGGACCCAACAACUUAAGGGUGGUUGACCUGGAUAACCCACCAUCUGAAAUCCAAUACACUGUGAUAAGCAAACCUACCAAUGGAUUCCUAGCCAUUGCAGAGCACUUGAAUGAGUCCGUGGACUCCUUCUCUCAGGCUCAGAUCAAUAAUGGAGAGGUGUUCUUUGUUCACGAUGGCAGUCCUUUAUCUGGAGCGUUCUACUUCAGCGUCACCGACGGCCAUCAUCGUCCAUUAUAUAAAUUGUUCAAUCUGGAAGUCAUAGAAAUCACUGUUUUGCUUGUUAACAACACAGAGGUGCUACUGGACCAGGGACACACUUCUGUAACACUCACACAGUCACACCUCGCCGCAGUGACCAAUGGUAAAAACAAUACAGUGCACUAUAAAGUCACAGUACCGCCACAGUACGGUAAACUCCUACUGAAUAAUGAGGACGUCACUGUUUUCAGUCAAGAUGAUCUCCAGACGGGAAAGCUAAGAUAUCACAUGGUCAACCUUGAGUCGUCCCAUGAUAACUUUGAGUUUGCGGCCUUCACAACAGAAGCGAACCUAACUAACCAAGUAGUUAAUAUCACCGUGAAACCUCUCAUUAAGUACACAGAAGGGGCAACGUUUCCAAACGGAAUUCGAAUUAAACUGAAGCCACAUUUGCUAAAUGUGUCUGAACUGGCUUUGUUGAGUGCUAAUGACCCAUCAUUUGAAAUAACAUCACCACCUCAGAAUGGCAGGAUUGUCAGGGUGGGCAAGGGAAGAAAAGCCGAAUCUGUGAGAUUUUUCACUUUUAGUGAACUACAGCAAGAUAAACUCUCCAUCGAGUUAAAGGCAAACCUGACGGGCGUCCAUGAAGUAAAUGACUCUUUCGGAUUUGUGCUUAAAGCCGAAAACGUCCAACCUGCCACUGGGAUUUUCGCUUUCAGGAUCGUACCUCAUGUUCCCACUCUGGAGAUGUCAACGAUGAUCCCAAUGUCCACACUCAGACCUGUUUUUCGUAACCAAACCGCUGAAAUUAGUUUGUUUCCAACCUCAACACUUCCACUGGUGCGUACGACGCAACAGGUGACCAAAUCUGGGUCAAGAUUCAAAGGUCGCAACCGUUGGGGUAUUUCAAACGGCAAUGACAUGGGUACGACCAACCUGAAACCAGCCCAUGGGGUGGAGGAGAUUUAUCCCAUAAAUAAUAACCCAGUGAAAGUAGAGUCAGUUUCCCAGACGGGCUUCUCCUCAAAUUCAAUGAUCAUCCUUUUGCCCCUUCUUGCUCUUCUGCUUCUGGUCAUCAUUGUGGUCGUGUCAGUGCUGCUCUUAAGAAGGAACUGGAGAAAGAAACCAAAGCCUUUAAAGAGUACAUCAGGUCCUCCAGCUCAACCGAACAACUCGUCCCAUCAAGACCAGCUACAGUGGCCUGCAACUGUCCCCAUUGUAACCGUCACUCCUCUUACUCCAAGAAACGCUGGAAGUUCAGCCAUAACUAGACUUCAACCUGGAAUUAAAGACUCCUAUUAUGGGCAAUCUGUGUCUCUGUGCUCUAUUGAAGACCUAGAGCCUGAAGUUUCACAGCUUUGCAGGACCACCAACCCCACCCUGCGAAACAAUCAGUACUGGGUAUGACCUUCAGAUUCAUCUCUGUAAUCUCUGAUAAUCACUGACUGAAAUGUGAUUGAAACAUUACAUUUUCUAGUUAUGUGGCCCCACAAGACUCAAUUAUCUAUUUGGUUUUUGCGUAUACAUGUACUUGCAGCCUUGAUGUUUGCAAGUAUUGUUCAUGAUCAGCAUUUUCCCAAGAACUUAAAAACUAGAGAGGAAAACAUCCAGAUGAAAAUUUGGGAGACAGAUAUAUUCUUCUGUAUUGUGCAUCUGUUGUUGAUUAGAUGGAAGCAGAUCUGAACACAAGUUUGUGGUCAAAUUUUAGGAAAGCGGCAGGGUUUAAGUGGUUGAAGUGAUUGGAGAAGUCCAACAUGUGCCACCAAAGAGAAGUGUCCUUUCACCAGAAGAUCGAGUUAUGACAUGUUUUUUUUUAAAAUUACAACCUCAAAACAAAAAUGAAACGUAUACGUGGAUGAAUCAUUUAGAAAAUAGUGUGAAUUUGUGCGAAAUGAUUUUGAAUCCUCAUUGACAAACUUAAGUAUUUGAAAAAGUAUAUACUAUAUUCAAAGACAUUUGUGAAGACACAAGUGAUUCUGGGUGUUUUCAGAGUAAUUUUUGUGUCUACCUCAAAUAACAAUAUAAAAAAACUAUGUAUUACACUGAAUUCAUUUCAAUGGGAUAACAUUAUGUGUUACUAUGUUUUGUAUACUGAAACUAUUUAAAGCUGUAAGGAUAUUUAUUAAUGAUUUUAGAAUUUCUGAAAUAUUAUGACAUAUAUUCCAGCACUGAGAAAAUAUAGGUGUGGUGUGCACACUUCAACAACACUACUAUGUAUAUUUUUGGUAUGUUUUACUGUCGUAAUUGUCGUAAUUGAAUAUUUAUGUAGCCUAAAUGUUUUUGUAUUCUCAGGAACGUCCUCUUAGAAGUAAUACCAUACGUCAUCUUUUAAUUAUGCUGUAGCAUUUUUAUGCCCAAUGUAUUGUACAAAAAAUGCCAAUGUGGAUUUCAAACAACCCGCAAGCUGAAACUAAAUCCAUUCUAUUUACAAGGUUCCGUCCUUCAGCAAAUGUAUAUUUGUCACUGUAUAUUUUUCCUCAUUUAUGAGUGAUUUGUCUGAUACACUGAAUUGUUCUGUCAAUAAAUGGAACAUGUUUUGCAAUCCA